AUGGGUGGUCAUCAGGGUGCAUGGAGAGGUCCCCAUAGAAGUAGGUCAGGAGGCAGAGUCGAUGCACAAGGUAGGGGAGCCCAGGCCCAUUUUUAUGCAGCUCCAACUAGAGUAGAGACUGAGGCCUCGGAUGAUGUGAUCACAGGGCUCUUGAAGUCGCAUGCCCGAUGGGUUGAUCUCUUUUGUUCAGGACUAGAGGUUAUUUGGAUUCUUGGGGCUGUGGUGUCCAAGGAUGGCAUUAUGGCAGAUCCGAUGAAGAUUGAGGCUAUUCAUGAUAGGGCCAGGCCCACCUCUAUGACUGAGAUUCAUAGCUUUGCCAGAUUGAUAGGGUACUACAAGCAUUUUGUUGAGGGGUUUUCUACUAUAGCAGCGCCUCUCACUCGGUUAACUCGCUAG